AUGGAACGAUGGUUGUGCCGCGCAAAGGAACGGCAAGGUGAAGAUGAAGACAAUCAUACAGCAAAAAUUACGUCAAGGAUUCAGAUUGGAAUCUCAAUGGCCAGUGUGGAAGCUGCAGCAAGGCAAGGGUCAGCAGAAUAUCCAGACCAGGAUAGAUUGCAGACAGCCCAGGCAAGAGAAGUCUUUGAGGAGCACGGCUUCCCUUUCCACAGCAGGUCACCAAGAGGUGAUAAGCUGUUAUCCAAGGCUGCUCCCUUGGCAGGUGACUGUGUGCGUGUGACUGUUCAGGAUCACGGGUUCAGAGGACUGUACCGAGGCCUCAGCUCCCUGCUCUACGGUUCCAUCCCAAAAUCUGCCGUCAGGUUUGGAGUCUUUGAGUCUCUGAGGAAUCACUUACUCAAUGAGAACGGGGUCCUGACCAGCCAGAGAAGCCUGCUGUGUGGCCUGGGAGCCGGUGUGGCAGAAGCUGUGCUUGUGGUUUGCCCCAUGGAGACAGUGAAGGUGAAGUUUAUUCAUGAUCAAAGCUCAGCUAAUCCCAAAUACCGUGGGUUCUACCAUGGAGUCCGGAAGAUUAUUCAAGAACAAGGGCUUCGUGGUGCAUACCAGGGUGUGACAGCCACUGUCCUCAAACAGGGCUCAAACCAGGCAAUCCGUUUCUCUGUGAUGACAAUGCUGCAAAACUGGUAUCAAGGUGAGGACCCUCAUAAAUCCAGCAGCCCAUUCAUCACAGCUGUGUUUGGAGCCAGUGCAGGGGCUGCCAGCGUCUUUGGGAACACCCCCCUGGAUGUGUUGAAGACACGGAUGCAGGGCCUUGAGUCACACAAGUACAAGAGCACAGCGGAUUGUGCAUAUCAGAUUCUGAGAAACGAGGGGCCCUGUGCGUUUUACAAAGGGACGGUUCCGCGCCUGGGCAGAGUGUGCCUGGACGUGGCCAUUGUCUUUGUUAUUUACGAAGAGGUCAUCAAAGUUCUGAACAGGACGUGGUGAACUGAGAACAGAUUCAGCAGCGGCACCACACAGCUCCUUUCCCCACCCCUUCCAUUCUUUCUUGUUUCCCGACAACUACCUGAUACCCCUUCUCCCUCUCUGUUCCCCUCCCCCUCUCUCCUUUUCUCCUUCUCUCCCCCUACUCUCCCCCGCCUCUUACUUUUCCUCCCUCCCUCAUGCUUGCUGCUUCUCUCCCCUCUUUUUCGUUCACCUUCCCUUAUUCUCCCCCUCUCCCUCCCCUCCCCCUCCUUCUGUGAUCUAAUGCUGAAUGACGAGCCAGCUUUUCCAUCAACUGCAUUUGCCAAAAGGAGUAUAACUUGUGGUCAUGCUGGAGGAGGCUGCCUCGCUGUGGGGUGGUUGGGUAUUGUCAGGAUAGACCUGCUGCUCUAUUGUGCCCAUUCUGAUGCCCUCUUUCUUAGGGGAUUUGAUAGUGAUACUUUUCAGUGAGUUUGUGGACAAUUCUUGUUCCCUGACCCCUUCAGGAUACUUUACAGUGCUCGAAGCAGAGGCUGACUCUGAGCCAGCCUGUGAAUCAGUACUGGAACCCAGCACUGUUGGGAUUAAACUGAUUACCUCUUCCACACCAUGCCAGGAAAGUAAACCACGUCAAGUAAACUGGAAAGUACUUCUUUUCUUUUUAAAAUGCAGUUGAUUCUCAGUUGGUUUAGUAUAGCUUUCCCGAUCUGUCAGGGUGCUAUUUUUAAAAAUGUUAUUACACACAGUUUAAUUUUAUCUUUAGAAUUGGUCUUUGGACGUUUUCAAAUCUUUCAGUCACCUGUCUUAAUCCCUCCGUCCAUGGCUCACUGUCUGGUGCCUCUGUGAACUGGCUGAGGCGAUGUAGAUACUCAAACUAUUAACUUGGAUGACUGAGUCUGGCACAAUCCACCAAGUAAUCAGCUUAGACUCUACAACCAUGAGGAGUUACAACUUAGACCCCUCCCCCCAACUCCUACACCUCCUUUCCCUAGGGCCUAGCCACUUGGACUAGGUUGCUGAGUCACAUUGCAACAGGACUCAUCGGGGAUCCACUCCUUUGGUAAAUUAUUCUUUUUAUUCAUUUAUUACAAUAUUUUUGCCCCUCAGUUGAGAGACGAAGGCUGGCUCCCAUGUUAAUGAGCAAUAUUCCAGAAACACUGAGAAAACCAGAUCAGUCGUCUAAGCUGAGUCACCGCAGGACAAUUAUAGCGAUGCUUUGUUUGAGAAUGACAGAAGAUAAUAAAUGGCUUGUUCUGGAACAACAGUGUGUUGUUGGGCCUCUGUUCUAGAACAACAAAAAACCAUGGAGGGUUGUUUGAGAACAACUAAAGGUGUAUAAAGUUUUGUUCUUGAGCAACCGAGGAUUAUAGAAGAAUAUCUGGAACAACAGAAAGUUUACUCUAGAAUAGCUAAAUAUUACUAUGGAUUUUUUCUAGAAAAACUGGUGUGUACAGAUCUGUUCUAGAGCAGAAGCACACCAUGAAGCCAUUGUUCCAGAGCAGCCAAUUAGGUAACAUCAGCUUUGUUCAAGAACAACCACAGUUCAUGUGUGUUUUCUAGAAUAGCAGAGGAUACCAGAAGCUUUGUUCUAGAAGAAAUACACACUGUGUAGACAUUGUUCUAGAUCAUGCUGAACAACUAGAACAACUGAAGUUCCAUUGCUGAUGCUUUGCUAAAUGGGGCCAUGGAGGCUUAUUAAUGUUGAACAAAGGGGUUGUGCUGUUCGGCUGGAUUGUACUAUGGGUUUGCUGUCUUGCUGUUAUCUCAUGUUACGUUCUUACACUGAGUUUAUAAUAAAAUUAUG